AUGAUUGGAUCACUAGUACGAAAUCGUUUCGCUGCUCUCCCAGUGAGUACUCAAGCAGCACUGAGAUUCUAUUGCCAGCCAUCUACCUCUCAAAGCACAAAGAGCAACGUGGUAGAAGUAUGUACAACUGGAUAUUCAUUCACGAAAUCAUCUGGACGGGUGGGCAAGUACGGUAUUUUCUGGGGUCACAACGAUCCGCGUAAUUCGAUCUGUGAAGUGCCUGGUAUUACCAAUGUAGCUGCCAUGCUAAUGGCUAUGAUUGAUGCUGUUCGUGUUGCUCGAAAGGAUGACUCGCUCGAGAAGAUGGUAAUUUAUACAGACUUUAAUUGCCCUCCUGGAUUCCACUCCAAACUAAAAACGUAUGCAAUGAGAGACUUCCAUUCAUAUCUGGGACCUAAGAUGAAGAAUGCAGAACUGCUGAAGGAUUUGUACGAGUCCACGAAAGACAUGAAUGUUGUAUUCAAACAUCGGCCCGCCGUAGAGGAUAAGAAGCCAAAUUACGUGAUUGCAAAUAUCCUUGAAGGAGAAAAUUACGCAUCUAAAUCACGCCCACCAGAUAGCCCUCCCAUAGAGAUUCAUUGUGGAUAUGGUGACGAAAUGGAAGCCAGUGGCGAGACACCUACAACUUCGUCAGAAGGUUGGCCUCACGUUUACACGACGGCGCUAUACAAAAGUUCCAAGAACGGAUUCAAAUCAGCAUCUUACGCCGUUGUUUGGCCUGAGAAACGUCAUGGUAAUGAUACAAUGCAUCGGUUGGCAUUAGUGCCAGUCACUCAAUUUCGGGCUCAAUUAUCUGCCAUUGAAGAAGCUCUCAAACAGGCUGUCGAGAAUCGGCUGCCACAAGUCGUUGUAGUUACUGAUUCGCAAGCCUUCAUGACAAAUUGGCGCAAAGGAUGGACAAAACCUAGCGGAACUUUUGCUCCCAACAAGUUUCUCUACAACCGAAUACGUGAUUUAACUCAGGAAGGCAUAGAAGUGCGUUUUCGCUACGAGACGCCACAAAAAGAUAGCCCUGUGUGGUCCCUUGCUCUCGAUAAAUGCUUGGAGGCAAUAGAUCUACCAGUUGUUGGCAAGGAUCGCUCCGAGUAUAACAGAGAGUUAAAAGAAAUUUUAUUGACUGAGACGGACUCAUUGGAAAGUUCUGACGUACAUAGGGUGAGAAUUUUCAAAAGAAGCCCGAAUUUCACGAGCAAGAUUGUUUGGGAAGGAGAGGACGCCGAAUACAGUGAUAAGCACAAUGAGGAGGAAAGAAAAACCCACCACGCCCUCUUUGCUGUGCUAGAAAAGGCGUCUGCAUCGGGCAUGCGACAGCUUAUUAUUCGGACCGAUUCUCCUCGUCUGAUUUUAUCCGCCGAGAAUUGGUUACCGGUAUGGCACCGAACGGGGUGGCGAAAUUCUUUACAUAAACCGAUUGCAGAUGCUGACGUUUGGAAGAAAAUUUGGUCCUUAAAGAAAACUGUCAAGGUCUAUUGGGAGCUUAUGGAUCCUAUGGAUGAUAACGACAAAGCGGCUGCUCAGUUGAACGUUGUGUCGAUCAGUAAUAAAGUUUAA